UAUAUAUAGGCACCAAGAAACGACACCACACGAAACACAUCGCGCGCUUGUGAGUUGUGAGUUGUGACAGUGACAGUGACACACGAACAGAGCCAGAGCGUGGCAGAGGAAGAUGAUCGGAUGGGGCGACGUGUACAAGGUGGUGGCCGCCAUGGCGCCGCUCUACUUCGCCCUGGGCCUCGGCUACGGCUCGGUGCGGUGGUGGAAGCUCUUCACGCCGGAGCAGUGCGACGCCGUGAACCGCCUCGUGGCCUACUUCGCGGUCCCCUUCUUCGCCUUCGACUUCGCCGCGCGCAUGGACCCCUACGCGCUGAACUGCCGCGUCCUCGCCGCCGACGCGCUCUCCAAGCUCGCCGUCGCGCUGGCGCUCGCCGCCUGGGCCGCCGCGUCCACGCGCUGCCGCGCCGGCGGGGAGCCGGCCUCCUCGUGGUGCAUCACCGGCUUCUCUCUGGCGACGCUGAACAACACGCUCGUGGUGGGCGUGCCGCUGCUGGACGCCAUGUACGGCGGGUGGGCGCGCGACCUCGUCGUGCAGAUAUCGGUGGUGCAGAUCAUCGUCUACUUCCCGCUGCUGCUGCUGGCGUUCGAGGUCAGGCGUGCGUGCGGCGGCGGCGCCGGGAAGCCGGACGCGGCGGGGGCCGGCGUGGUGGAGGACGGCGGUGUGGAGGGGAGGAGGCGGCGCGAGCCGGUUUGGCCAUUGGUGAGAGCGGUCUGGCUCAAGGUGGCGCGGAAUCCCAACGUGUACGCGGGCGUCCUCGGGGUCGCAUGGUCGUGCGUCACAAACAGGUGGCACAUUGUGACUCCCAGCAUCAUCGAGGGAUCGGUGCUGAUCAUGUCGAGGACGGGGGUCGGACUCGCCAUGUUCAGCAUGGGUCUGUUCAUGGCGCUGCAGGAAAAGAUCAUCGUCUGCGGGGCCGGCCUGACCGCGCUGGGCAUGGCGCUGCGGUUCGUCGCCGGCCCGGCGGCCACCGCGGCCGGAGCCGUCGCCCUGGGGCUCCGCGGCGACGUCUUGCGUCUCGCCAUCAUACAGGCUGCGCUCCCCCAGUCCAUCACCACCUUCGUGUUCGCCAAGGAGUACGGCCUGCACGCCGAUGUGCUCAGCACCGCGGUCAUAUUCGGGACGCUGGCGUCGCUGCCCGUGUUGAUCGCGUACUAUAUCGUCCUAGGCUUCGUUGGAUAGUUAUUAGGGCUCCGUAUCUCCCUAGGGACUGAUCGACUAACCGACGAGUAAACUGAAUGUUUUCAUAUUUAGAAGGAAUGAAUAUUCCCGGCCUCUACAUCUCUUGAUGCACACAUCCAUAACCAUAAGUAAACUGAAUGUAGUAGGUUGUGAGUUGUAACUCGCUCUUCUACAAAUAAUGAUCACUGGAUGUGUUCCUGGGUGUCGCGUUGAUCUUACUUGGGAGCUCUGGCCUGUGUUGUGCUUU